AUGGCAACAUACCCCAUCCGUCGCCGACCGCGCGAGUGCAAGACCUGUCUACCGUGCCGCGCCAGCAAAGUCCGCUGCGAUCGCAACGUCCCCUGCUCCAAUUGUGUCAAACGCAACUUCACCUGUUCCUACGGCCGACCCUCAUCCAAUCGACUUCCCAUCUCUUCCUCCUCUACCACCCCGCUCCAUUCCUCCUUCCUCUCCCCGGCUUUUCCGCCCACCUACCCGGGAGCAACAGCAGCAUCAGCAGCGCCACAACCACCACCGCUGCUCUACGAUAAUACCGAUGCGGUCUCCACCAUCACCGAUCGACCCUCCCAGGCCAGCGACGAUGCUGAUCUCCCCGAGUUAAUCGACAUGUCCCAGGGCGAAUGGGAUGAGAUAAAUAACAAGAUGGCUGCGAUGGAGCAGAUCAUCGGGAGCUUGAAUUCAAUCUUCCAAUCCCACUCUUCCCGCCGCCGUGUCGAUCAUCAUCCACCCCUGCUCCAGCCACAACCGGAGUCGGAAGAUGUGCCGGAGCGCAAAUACUCCUCUCGGUCGGAGGGUGUAUAUGGUGCCAACUCAUCUCGUACCGGCGCGGUUCAUUUGGGAUCCCGUUCGGCGCUGGUCGAUAUCUUGGAUAAGGCGAGGGGCUCAACGGAUAUUGCGCAGGCGCUACCUCAGGAGGAUCUACUUGCGGAUCUUGCGUUGGGAAAUGAGUCGGCCGCAUACCCUUUUGUAGAUCUGUGGUCGUCGGACCCUUAUACUUUCAAUAUUGCGGGCGUGUGUUCGGUGAUUCCCGAGGAUGAUCAGUGUAAACGAUUCUUGGGCUUCUAUAAAAAGAUUGGCGCGGUGUUGUACCCGGUGUUACCGGACCUAGACGAACUGGAGUACAAGACGAAUUGCUUACUCCAGGGGCGACGACGCGCGGGAGGUAUCUAUAAGCCGGAUGCCAAUGGGUUAGUCAAACCGUAUGGAAUGGAUUUGCCCUUUCUGAGCCUGCUUUUUGCGGUUCUUGCUUCCGGCUGCCAAUUGUCCGAUAUUUCGGAGCGAGAGCGCGAGUUGACCUCGUGGGUAUACGGUGCGUUUGAAGAAGAGCUGCUGCGCUGCUUUCGCAGUGUGGUGGCACCAGUAGCAACAGUGGCAGCAAGAGACUCAUGA